CAUGGCAAAAGUUUGUUCAAGACUUAUCUUCCUGUCAGCCAUUUGCCUGUUCUUUGCUCAGGCCAUUAUUGCUGAUAAGCCAGACUUCAAAUAUAGUUUUGGGUGUUUAGACAAGGGUGACUAUACCAGUAAUAGUACCUACAAAGCAAACCUCAAUCAUCUCCUCUCCACCCUCACUUCCAACACUGAAAUUGACUAUGGGUUCUACAACUCUUCUUAUGGCCGAGACCCUGACAAAGUAUAUGCAAUUGGACUUUGUCGAGGAGAUGUUAAGCCAGAUGAGUGCCGUAGUUGCCUCUAUAACACUACAAAUUUUCUCAUACAGCAUUGUCCCAAUCAGAAGGAAGCAAUGAGACAGGAUGAGUAUUGCAUAUUACGGUACUCGUUCCGCAACAUAUUUGGGAUCAUGGAUGAUGAUCCUGUUUACACUCAACAUAAUGUUAAUGAUCAAUCUGGCAAUUUGGAUACUUAUAAUCAGGACCUCAGGACCCUGUUGGAUGGCCUAAGAAAUCAAGCUGCAGCAGGUGGUUCUCUUCGAAAGUUCGCAGAAGCAAAAUCUACGGGAAUAAACAACAAAACACAAUAUGCACUUGUGCAAUGCACACCUGAUUUGUCUCAAACAGAUUGCAGUGAUUGCUUGCUUUCGGCAUUUGGACAGAUUCCUCUUUGUUGUGAUGGCAAAAUAGGUGCGGUAAUUUUUACACCCAGCUGUAAUUUUCGGUAUGAGGAGUACACCUUCUUUGGCCCCGUAGCUGAUAUUGCACUACCAUCGACCAAUACCUCCGUAGCUGAUAUUGUACCACCAUCAAUCAAUACCUCUGCUGCAAAAGGAAAUGAUGGUAACAAAUCUCAAACGGUAGUCAUAGUUGGGUCCAUUAUUGCUUUUGUAGUAGUAGUGGUAUUAAUAAUAAUCUCCUGCAUCUACCUAAGAGUUCGGAAGCCAAGGGAGAAACCAGAAAGCCAAGCAGUGGAGGAGAUUGGAAAUGCGGAAUCCUUGCAGUUAGACUUUAAAACUAUUAAAGUAGCAACAGAUGACUAUUCUAAUGCAAAUAAGAUUGGAAAUGGUGGAUUUGGUGUUGUUUACAAGGGUAAACUCUCCAAUGAACAAGUUAUUGCUGUGAAAAGGCUUUCAAAAAAUUCAGGACAUGGAGAUCUUGAAUUUAAGAAUGAAGUUUUGUUAGUGGCCAAGCUUCAACACCGAAAUUUAGUUAGACUCCUAGGAUUUUGCUUGGAAGGAAUUGAAAGGCUUCUAAUUUAUGAGUUUGUGCCCAAUGGAAGUCUUGAUCACUUCAUUUUUGAUCCAAUAAAACGUGAACAAUUAGAUUGGGCAAGACGCUAUAAAAUCAUAGGAGGCAUUGCUCGAGGUCUUCUCUACCUUCAUGAAGAUUCUCGACUUCGUACUAUUCAUAGGGAUCUCAAAGCAAGCAAUGUCCUAUUAGAUUCUGAAAUGAAUCCAAAAUUUUCAGAUUUUGGUAUGGCAAGAUUGUUUGAACUUGAUCAAAGUGAAGCCAAUACAAGUAGAAUUGUGGGGACCUAUGGAUAUAUGUCUUCGGAAUAUGCAAUGUAUGGACACUUCUCAGUAAAGUCUGAUGUCUUUAGUUUCGGUGUGCUAAUGUUAGAGAUAAUAAGUGGACGGAAGAAUAGCUCCUUUGGAAAUGGAGAGAAUAUUGAGAACCUUUCAAGCUAUGCAUGGAAAAAUUGGAAACACGGUAUAGUUUCAAAUCUUGCAGAUCCCACAUUGGAGGCAGGUUCAACAACCGAGAUAAUGAGAUGUAUUCACAUUGGAUUACAAUGUGUUCAAGAAAAUCUAGUUGAUAGACCAACUAUGGCAUCUGUUGUUCUCAUGCUGAAUAGCUACUCUAUUACUCUAUCAAUACCUUCACAACCUGCAUUUUUUAUGAAUAAUGGUACUAAAUCAAACAUUUGCUUGCAAUGCGAGCAUGAUUCAAGGUUGACAAAGUCAAAUCAAUCUAAAAGUAGCUCUGACCAAGCUUCGCUAAAUGAGGCAUCAAUCACAGAGCUAUCUCCUUGCUAAUGUUUAAUGAAUUUGAA